CGGCGGGCGGCGGCCGGGGCUCGGCGGCGGCCCGGCCGCGGCGGUGCCCGGCGCGGGGCCGGGCCGGGGGCCGCGCGGGGGCGGAGAGGGCAGCGCGGCGGGCCGGCCGGCGGCGCGGCGCGGCGCGGCUCCCGUGCGGCGGCUGGGCUCGGCCAGACUCAGCCCCUUUCUCCUGCCGCCGCUUGAUGCGAAUGUGCUGCGGCUGGAGCUGCCCCCAGAGCGGCUCGUGAUGGCGGCGGCGGCGCGGGCUCGGCAGCGGGAGGCGCCCGCCCAGCCCUGCGCGCCGCGCCGCUAGCAGCAGCGCCCGUGCCCGCGGCGGCGGCCCCGGCCCAUGCCCCCGGGGGGAAGGGGGGCUGCAGCAGCCCGGCGAGCCGCCCACCCGCGCAGCGGGGGCAUCGCCCCCACUCGCCGCUCCUAGGAGGGCGGAAAGGAGGCAGCGGCGGCGGCGGCGCCUGCAUUGUGCACGCAGCGGAUCGCAGGCCCCGGAGGAGCGGGGCUCGCCUUCCUCCCGCCCCAGCCUCAUGAACCAGCCGGACGGCACCGCUCCGGCGGCGGCGGCGACGGCGACGGCGACGGGAGCGCAGGCUGACGAGAGCAACAGUACUGGAAGGAGGAGCUCUUCAAGCAGGGAGUGCUUGAAGAGGAGCCCGAGGAGCCCGAAGGCAGAGGGCUCCGAUUCUGUGACAUCUCAGUCCUCACCCAGUGAAGAAGCUGGAAUGAUGACUGAGGUGAAAGUGAAAACAGAGGUACCAGAUGACUAUAUUGAAGAGGUGAUCUGGCAGGAUGACACCAAAGAUUCCAAGAAGAACAUAAAAGAUGGGCCGGGAGAUGUGCCAGCAGAGAUAUGUGUGGUCAUAGGUGGGGUCCGCAACCAGCAGACGCUCGAUGGAAAAGCAGUGGAACGUGGCUCUCCAGUUGGAUAUACACGAAAUCGAUAUUCAGGGACCUGGAUUUUUGACCAUGCAUUGAGAUACACGUCCGGGUCUUACGAGUGUGGAAUAUGUGGGAAGAAAUACAAGUAUUACAACUGUUUCCAGACCCAUGUGCGAGCGCAUAGAGACACUGAAGCUGCCUCAGGUGAAGGAGCCUCACAAGGCAACAAUUUUAGGUACACGUGUGACAUUUGUGGGAAAAAAUAUAAAUAUUAUAGCUGCUUCCAAGAGCACAGAGACCUACAUGCCGUGGAUGUUUUUAGUGUGGAAGGGGCCCCAGAAAACCGGGCAGACCCCUAUGACCAGGCCGUCAUAGCAGCCGAUGAAGUGAAGGAGGAGGAGCCGGAACCAUUUCAGAAGAUUGGUCCAAAAACUGGCAAUUACACCUGUGAAUUCUGUGGCAAGCAGUACAAAUAUUACACUCCCUACCAAGAACAUGUGGCGCUGCAUGCACCUAUUAAGUUCUCUCGAUCUCCACUCUUCGUGGCAGUGAAGACACAGGCGAGCCAAUCCAGCAAAAAAACACCGCCUUCAAUAAACCGAUGUUCCACCCUCCUGCACCGCACCCCCUCCGGUGUCCCACCGGCAUCCCAAUCCCAGAUGUUCCGCGCUCCAAAUUCUGGAUCCCCAGGAAGCAAGGCCAUCACAGCAGAAAGUGCUUUCAGCAGGAGAGUGGAAGGCAAAGGGCAAAACAACUUUGAAGAAACAAACAGCAAUUCUCAGAACUCCAGCGCUAUUCAUUCGGGGACAGAAAAACCUAAAGAAAAGCGAUGUAAGCAGAACCCAUCAGAAACCGCAAGUCCCCUGAUUUCAAAUCCUUUCCCGCUUUUACAAAAACCUUACACCUGUGGAGCUUGUGGAAUCCAGUUCCAGUUUUAUAACAAUCUCCUGGAGCACAUGCAGUCCCAUGCAGCUGACAACGAGAACAAUAUUGCCUCUAGCCAGCCCAGAUCACCUCUAGCUGUUGUUGAAGAAAAGUGGAAACCACAGCUCCAAAGAAACAACGCCAACAAUACAUCUGCGAGUGGUUCGGUAGGGAACAGCGCGAUCCCAGAGAAGGAGCGGCAGAACAUUGCCGAGAGGCUCCUGAGGGUGAUGUGCACUGACCUUGGGGCUCUGAGUGUGGUGAGUGGGAAAGAAUUCAUCAAGCUAGCACAGACUCUGGUGGAUAGUGGAGCUCGCUAUGGUGCCUUCUCAGUCACCGAAAUCCUUGGCAAUUUCAACACACUGGCUCUGAAGCAUUUGCCUCGGAUGUACAACCAAGUGAAAGUGAAAGUCACCUGCGCCCUGGGCAGCAAUGCAUGCCUUGGCAUUGGUGUCACUUGCCACUCUCAGAGCAUCGGUCCCGAUUCUUGCUACAUCUUGACAGCUUAUCAGGUGGAAGGCAACCACAUCAAGAGUUACGUCCUGGGAAUUAAAGGUGUAGACAUUCGAGAUAACGGUGAUUUUAUCCAUCACUGGGUACAGAAUGUGCUCUCGGAGUUUGUGAUGUCAGAGAUCAGGACGGUGUAUGUCACAGACUGCAAAGUCAAUUCCUCCGCGUUCUCCAAGGCAGGCAUGUGCUUGCGUUGCUCGGCCUGUGCCUUGAACUCGGUAGUGCAGAGUGUGCUGAAUAAGCGAACACUACAGGCUCGCAACAUGCAUGAAGUAAUCGAGCUCCUGAAUGUCUGUGAAGAUUUGGCGGGAUCCACGGGCCUCUCAAAGGAGACCUUUGGCUCCCUGGAGGAGACCUCUCCCCCACCCUGCUGGAACUCGGUGACCGACUCCCUCCUGCUUGUCCACGAGCGCUACGAGCAGAUCUGUGAGUUUUACAGCAGGGCCAAGAAGAUGAACCUCAUCCAAAACCUGAACAAACACCUGCUCAGCAACCUGGCAGCCAUUUUGGCUCCGGUGAAACAGGCAGUGAUUGAAUUGAGCAAUGAGAGCCGGCCCACCUUGCAGCUGGUACUGCCCACCUACGUCAAACUGGAGAAACUGUUCACUUCCAAAGCUAAUGAUGCUGGCGUAGUCAGCAAACUCUGCCACCUCUUCUUGGAAGCGCUGAAGGAGAACUUCAAAGUUCAUUCGGCACACAAGGUAGCCAUGAUCUUAGACCCCCAGCAGAAGCUGCGGCCCGUCCCACCAUACCAACACGAAGAGAUCAUUGGCAAGGUCUGUGAGUUGAUCAAUGAGGUCAAAGAGUCCUGGGCAGAAGAAACAGAAUUUGAACCUUCGACCAAGAAACCCCGGGCAGCAGGGGAAGCCACAGCAGCUCAGGAAGAAGAUUGGUUUGGGAAAAAUGAAGUCUAUGAUUAUUUGCAAGAACCUCUCUUCCAGGCCACCCCUGACCUGUUUCAGUACUGGUCGUGUGUUACCCAAAAGCAUACAAAACUAGCCAAGCUAGCCUUUUGGCUCUUAGCAGUGCCUGCUGUUGGUGCCAGAAGUGAAUGUGUAAAUAUGUGUGAGCAGGCUCUCUUAAUCAAAAGGAGACGGCUACUCAGUCCCGAAGACAUGAACAAACUCAUGUUUUUGAAGUCCAACAUGCUUUAAGACUGUCUUUUAAUUAAAACAAAACUUUAAAACACUGUUCCAAACAAAGAAAAAGAAUUUUAAGUUCUAAACACUGUGGACCUCAUUAUGAAUGCCCCUGGAAACCAAGUGCUUUUUUAUAUAUAUAUAAAAAUAUAAAUAUAUAUAAAAUUAAGUUUGAAAGGAAAGCUGAGCACGUGAGAGAGACAGCCCUCUGCCAGGAACGUGCUCCUUUCCAUAGAUAGUGUGUGGACUUGACAGACUUUCUAAUGUUUUCAAGUGGGCAGACCAAUGGGAGGCUGAUGUUCUAAAGUCUUCAGGCAGCUGAGAUCUAAAGUGACUUGAAGUUUCUUUUGUUUCUCCUCCACCCCACCUUUUUCCUCUUGUCCCCUGGGCCAUCUUGCCAUGGAUAAUCAGACUACAUUGAACAGACCAGUUCUGCACUGGACUUUGCUCCUUUGAAUAACUGUACACCUUGAGGGCAUUUGUCUUCAGCCUUCUUGACAUACGGUGCAUGUUAUCAGGGCAGCUGUGUUUUAUGAACACCAGUAUCUUUAGAAAUCAGGAAGGGAGACUUCAAGGAUUUAUUUUAUUCUAUUUUAAUUCUAACUUUUUCAUAUAAGGUUUUUCCAAACAACAAAAGUUACUCUUCUGUCUCCACUCCCAGUUUUGAGUUUAACAUGUUAGCUAGUGAUUAUAAGUUUGAUUUAAAAUUAAGAGAAAUGAUUCAUGGCAGAAAACGUCUGUAACUGUUACUUUUCUUGGAUUUCUUUUCUUUUUUUUUUUUUAGCAUAACUUCUUUUCUGAAUUCCCAGUGUAAAUUAGCUUGUCUGUGAAUUCUGUACAACAGGGGUUCUCAAAUUGUUCAUAGAGUAGCCCAUUUGUGAUUAAAUAACAUCCUUAUGGGAACCGCAGCAGUUGCUUAUAUGGAAAAGCUAGAAACCAGCAAAAGCAAGCAAGCGGUGACAGUACAGGUCUGUGGGCCAUCAGUGAGCUUGUCAGGGUCUGACAGCUGCUGUUGAGAACCCUUGUACCUAAACUUUUUGUAAGCCUUCCCUGUACACACACUCAAAAUAGCCUUCACAUGGCCAAGGACAAACCAAGGUGUAUGAUUUUUCAGGGGAACAAAGAUCAUCAGUUUUGUCAAACUGGGGUUUGAAGGAAGCUUAGAGAAGUGCAUCAGCUCAAAGAUCCUUUUGAAUGUAAGUGCUCCCAAUUGAGUGCAAAGAAUACCUUCCCAUUUUAUUUGGAAUGGUUUCCUCUAGUAGCACGAAUGUCUUUUUAAUACCUAUAGUGCAUUACACUACUUGUUAUGUUGUUGAAUUGUUCUGGCUAGGAAGGCCAUGGGCCCUUAAACAUUCGCACGUACUGGCUCACCCCAAUUGCAAUUAGAGAUCAUCAUAAAGCAGAAACAUCUCAGUCACUCUGCUGUCAGUCAGGACCAGUGCUCAGAUGUGCCCAGUGCCUGUAGGCACAGUUCAGUGCGCUGCUGGACUAGAUUUCUGCAGGCUGUCAGAUUUGGUGCCUCUUGGACAAUUCCCAACUUCUGAUGCCAAACUGUUAAUUUUUCAUCACUGGGAUUUGUAUCCCAGAGGCAAAUUGAGGCAAAUUAUUAUUUUUGAAGUAAUCUCUCCUGCUUCCAAUAGUCUGCUCUGGAGCUGCAGUCACAGAGGCAGCAGAGCAGCGUUGGAGGUUUAGGUGGAUGGACUGAACAGGAACGUGCUCAGCUCUGACCAGGAAGGCUGAGACCGAAGCCCUUGAACAGAGCAGGGGUGUUUUCUGAUUGCCGACAAUGCAGUUGUGAGACUGAGGGCCUUCUUUGAAGUGCUGCUGUUGAACAGACAUUAAACCAAGAUCGCACCAGCCCAUCUCUGGUUGUAAUAGAAGUUAUAAGUCCCAAGACAUGUGAGAAAUGGCAAACACAGUCAGCUAGCUUGCAGCUCUACCCACCUGGUCUCUCAGGCUUUGUGUUCAGGUGUCUUGAUCCUGAAAGGCACUGGUAGCUUCCUUGCCAUGAGGCUUAGACAGGGGAACUAGAGACCUUCCCUAGAUAGAGGUCACUGAGGAUAACUCUUCACAGCCAGCUGUCUUCUCCAGAUGAGUCUUGCCCUUUUCGGCCUGGGAAGCAGGAUCUACUGCUAGCCAGAGUCCAGAGUUUGGGUUGGCGGAACCUCUCAGCACUGUUAAUGGCAUCAGGGCAAAACUGGCGAUCUCCUAAAUGCAAGUUCUGGGUGUAGAUAUCCUAACCGGUUUCUAAAAGACACAGUUGCACAACGCCGCUACCAGCUGCAGGAAUAACAGUACCUAAAGAUGAGCUGCCAGCGAGGCGAGGUGUUUGUAGGUCUGAUUUCUCUGGCAGUGGCUUUGGCAAACAGACGUGUUGGUUGUAGAGCAAUCCCUUCUUGCUGGUUUUGUUUUCUCCCAUAUAAAUGCUACCUGCUUGGCAAGCACAGCUGGGCCCACGGGUAACACAUCUGUUUGCACUUGCAGUUCAGGGGAAACCUGUAGCAAACAAAAAUUAAGUCUCAGACUACAGAGAGGAAGAAAAAUAACAGGCAAGAGGUGUGCUGAUUUUGAAAUGUUUGUGCUAUGCUGUAGGUCCCACUGAAUAAAAACCAAGGGAUGCCGCAUCAAGAAAACUUUACUGAAGAGGUCCAAAGCAAGAUUAGCUUUUGAGGCUGCAGAACAUGUAUUGUGCAGCCCAGCUGAUGGGCAGAUCUGGGGACAGGAUCUGUAGUUUUCUCCAAAUGGCAUGUUACAUCUUUUUACCUGGUUAGCCUGAGACUCGAAGAGCCACUCACAAGCUCCUUGUCACGCUGGCAUAACACCUUUGCAUUCCUUUGAAAAGAAGGCUCCAAAACCCGAAACUUCUUUGCUAAGGGACAGGCUGGUAACUUCUGUGUGAUUUUUCAUUUCAGGCCUAUUGUGUUGUCUUUAUCUGCAAGGCAUAAAGGAUGGGGAAGUGGACAAAAGAGUUAGCACAGGUUUAAAGUCCUGGAAUUAAGAAUGAAGUGAGAUUGCAGUGGUGUGUACAAUCAUUUAAUGCCAGGUUGUGCAUAGCGUUGAGCUGGACCUUGGCUGCACAACCAAGGCAUACAAACGGAGAGGCCACAGCCACCCUUAACCCCCAGCCAUGCCUCUUCCCCAGCUUACCGUAUGGUCUUGGCAUCGGAUCUGGAGCUUUCUCGCUGUGAUGACCAAAGAGAGGGAUUGACUGGCCCUCUCCCCCGUCCAAGUUACUAUCACCUCCAAGGCUACUUUGGUUCUGGUUGUACUAAUGCUAAGAUGGACAUUAAGCAAACGUGCAGCAAUGUCUGUUAGGUGCAGUUCUCCUAAAGACUUAAAAACUCAACUUAGCAGCUGAAAAAGCAAAAAAAAAAAAAAAAAAAAAAACCAAAAAAAUCCACCAAUCCUAAAAGGUUAAAAUUGAGCAACCUGGAAAAUCAGUGAGAAGAGAAGCUGGCUGGCCACCCCCUUCUCCAGCUAGGCAAAGGAAGAUUCUGCAGCUUUUCGUGAAGCUGCACAAGGUCACAGGGUAUUCCACUGGAAAGUGCUUAUCAGUGCUCUGUGAGAUGUAUCUGAUGUACUAAUGCCCCAUGCUUCGUGUCUGUUAAAAGGAGAGAAGCACAUCUGGAGCACAUGUACUUGCUCCACGUGCAAAGUUUUUGCUGUUGCUUGUCCUGCCCUUUUCAGGAUUCCUGUUUGCAUUCAGGAUGUGCAGAUACUUUACUGAGGUCUGAAUUUCAGAAACCCUUCAUUUGCCAGGUUGUUAGGACUGGCUCAGCAGGAGCUCUCUCUGUAGAGCAGCACAUGUGCUGCAAGGAGUGCUGCUCAUUCUGUGACAGGAAAGGGGAGAGUCUCUUUGUUUGGCAAGAGUUGUCAUGAGAUUCUGCUUCCUUUUGGCUGGGAGGAGAAAUCCUCGGAAGUGGGAUCAUCCUGUGGUAGUUGGUGUUGAGAAUUUACCUUCUACUUGUUCUGUUUCCUUUAUUCACACUUGAGAAAUGUAUUUGGAUAUUAAAAUGGUAUCUCUGUCCUUCAGGAAUUCAUCUGUUCCUGCUGCUUACUCUAUGCCUGACCUUACAGACUUCCCUUUCUGACUUCACAGUUUGUUUUGAGAAUGGUUACAACCUUCAGGUGGGGAGCAAGCACCAGCAGAAGAUGAACUGUUAAGAAUUAAAGGCUUUCAUGUCCUGUCUGAAGAUCCUUGUUAAAAAUAGAAAAUUCAAAAAGUAGGGAACAAAGGUAUAGCUCUUCAAAAUCAAGGGUUGUUUCUGUGUGAAUAUGGCAGCCAGAUGGUUAGUGGAGAAGAACUUGGAACCCGUAUUUUUUUUUCUAUGUCUUUUCUUCUCUCCAUGUCUCUAGUGGUCUGGCUUGCAAGAUGGGCUUGGCAUCUUGGAACUGGUUAGGUUUCAGAUAGAAGUAAACUUUUCUUUUUGUCAAAGCUUUCUCUGUUCUAGGAAAACUGAUUUGGUUUGAUGUGAACUAGUGCAAUCUAGAAAACUUGCUGUGAAAGCCUACAAUGGGUUUAAACUUUGCCUAACUCAGAUCUCUGUUAAUUACUGGUUGAACCAAUUUAACUUUGAGAUAAGCAUCCACAUAAAGCGCCUGCAUUGGUUUCACUAGAUUGUGCUUGCUGGGUGUUUUCCGCUGCUGAUCAGAGAAUGCUUUCAUAAGCAGCUCAGGGAGUGAGGACCCUUAAGUGAAUUUUGCAAAUGAAGUUUUGGCAAUUAUGCUCAAAGCCCAAGAAUCACUGAAAAUAGAUCGGAGACAAUUCUGAAUUUUGCUUGAGCCCUAAGUUGUUAUAUCUGAGUAUUAUUACAGUAUUUAGUGAGAUGUCUCAGGUUGGUUGGUUUGUUUUUCUCCAACUGCUUGCAAUAACAUGGAAGGUUUUGUGUGAGUAGAAAUUACUACAUAUGUUUUUAUAGGUGAAUGAGUCUGUGUGGCCUUACAUAGUCUGAAGAAUCAUUUCCACAUGCUGAAUCCCACAGUAGGUGAGCCAGGAUGUAGUGUUGCACAGGAGUGGGAUGAGUGAGACAUUGUGCUACUCAGAGAAUACUGUGUUCAUUUCUAGAAAGCACCAAGUUACUGAUAAAAGAAAGGAAAAGAGCAGCCAGAAAGCUACUGAAGGGCUAGUAGUUCUGUUUUCUAUUAAGGAAGGACUCAUAUCUCUAAGUGAAUCUCUCUGGCUAAAGGAGGGGAGGAGAGAAGCUCCUGUGAGCAUUCAGGAGCACACACAGGAGAGAAAAGUUCCCUACGGAAUAGUUAGGAAUAAUUGGAUGAAAGUGAACAAAAAGACACUAAAAACAGAUUUUGGGCAACCUUUUACUGAGGAGAAACCUCUUCAUGUAGGAAUAGUCUGUUGUGAGAAUGUUUUCUGAGUCCUAUCAUUUAAAAUUAAGCUGUGCAAAUAACUGGAGCACACUCUGUAAGGCACAUCACUGCUUUGGACCUUACCGAGAGAGGAGACUGGGUGUAGAGCCUGGGCAUGAUUGCUUUGGUGGUUGAGUCCAGUCCUGCACAACAGCUGAUAGGUCCAAAAGGGUCCAUAGAGCAUCUUCCUCCACAUCCUCCCAUUCACCACAGCCACCAAACCCUUCCCAGCACUAUAUAUAUAUAUUUACCCGGUUUCAUAAUGGAAGGAGCUAGUUGACUGGCAGGAGGGGCAGAAGAUACAACACCAGUCUUGUCAACCCUUACACUGCCAAGGUGAGAGAAACUGGGAGUGGAGGAGAUUAUUAAGUGUUUUGCUGCUUCUGCUGUGCGUUUUCUGUGCUACGCAGUGAUCUUGAGUCCUUGGGAUCCGUUGUGAAUCCCCAGAACCCUCAGGUGAGGCUCAAGGUCCUUUGUCAGAAACUUUUGAAGAUGUUGCCCUCUAGCAAUAAGAACUCCCCUUUGCAGUGCACGGGACGUGUGCACGUGCCAUGGGCAAUCAUCUUCCCUGGGGCUUCUGGAAAUUUCACAGAACAAACCAAUAAACAAUAAAAUACAGAGAGGUAAAAACAAGCACAGCUCCAAGUUGAAUGCCUCUUUAGUACUGUGGGAUAGUUUGCUUAUGCUAGGCCAGAAAUGGUAAACCAAUGAGAGUGUAUUGCCCUGAAAUUUAAUUUUAUAUAUUGAAUGUUUUGGGGAUUUCUGUUUAAUUUUUUUGUUUGGCUGGUUAGUUGGGUUUUUUACUACUCCUGUUAGUCCUUUGUUUUAUAACUUGACAGAAGAGUUUUGCUCACAUUAGACAACGGUGUAUCCAGUAGACCCUUUAGGGUUUAAUGAUCUGUAGGCAGCUGAGUUUGAAUUUUUAGAAUAGCUUCUGAAAUGAGUCACAUAAAUGGCUUGUUCAUGCACAACAUCUACCACUGACUGAAAGGAUUUUCUUUCUUCCCAUCACUUUAGCGUCACUGACAGUGGUCAGCAUGUCUUGGUGCCCAGCUGAGCAGCACAGCCUUAACGAUAGGAAUAUUUUACAGUGGAAUUGAUGAGUACAGGCAUGUCAAACCCUUGCUUUUUACAACCAAAGUUCCUUACAAAGACACUUCCAGCCUCAUCAGCCUUGAAUGCUUGUUUUCAGUCUUCUAGGGGUUCUUGUGGUGGUCUCUGCAAUGUGUGUGGAUAGGACGGGUUUUUUUUUUUUUUUCCAGGAUGUUGGGGGCGGGGGGGAGAUGUUUUUCUUUUUUAAUUUUUUUUUCCUUGCUAUCUAUGGAGAAGAACCUUUCCGCUCUAGGAAGGAGGCCUGUGUUCUGGAAGGAGCAACAGUCUUAGGAGCUGUUUUCCAAAGUCCCUUUAACCUUUUUGGGGACUUUAAUUGUUUUUUAAUUAUUUAAAAGGAAAACCAGUAGUGGAUAAACUGAAACAUUCAUGACAGGUGACUAGCCAAGGCUGUAAAUCCAGGAGGAACGCACAUCGUCCAGACUGUGAGGAUUCUGGUCCACGCCGUAGCUAGAGAGUGUCAUGCCGACAAAUCAAACCAUCAGGAAAUCCUUGUUUGCAGCCAGUCUGAAAAGAGAAGCUGUUCCUCGUUCGUAUGUUCAUUUUUUGAAACCUCCUGUUGGGAGCUGAAUUCUUGCUGUUUCACCAAGAAAACAAUGUUCUCCUUUCCCUCCUCACCCUCCCCUCCCUCAGUAACUUUUGUGCAUUUCCUUCCUUUCUGUAGAUGCAGAUGUUCUAGGCAAUACCACAGAUGCACCUGCGUGUGUCUCUACCUGCGAGUGCAAGAAUCUCAUGUCAUCUUAAAAAAUACAAAAAAAAAUAUACAAAAAAUAUACAAAAAAUAUCUUUUUUAGGCCAGAGUUUUCUACAGGUAUUAAUGAAUAUUUUUCUUAAUCCUUAUAAGUUUUAUGUGUUUAAUAUUUCUUAAUACCGGUAGCAUUAAUUUAUACUUUUGUAGCAACACAAUAUUUUUAUAAACCGCCACCGCUGGCUUUGUCUUCAUAAUGUGGAAAUGUGCGGGCAGCUGGCCCCGCACUGUACCAUGUACUGUAUUUAAAAGGUUAUCUAAUGUCACACUUGCUGUGUUAAUAAACAAAACAAAACCUG